AUGGCGUCUAGUAACCCACCUGCUGCUAAGAUGGCACCACCUUUCGAACCUACAAUAUGGGGUGACUUUUUUAUCAACUAUACUCCGGAACCACUGCAGUCGGAGGAACGGUUGAGAGAGAGGGUCGAUCAAUUAAAGAAGGUAACCAGUGAACUGUUCGAGUUUUGCAGCGAUAGUGUGGUUGGAACAAUGAAGCUAGUAGAUACACUUGAACAUCUGAGCAUAGACCAUCACUUUGAGGGACAUAUCGCCACUGCAUUAAGCAACAUACACGGUGCUGAACUCGAUAGCUCUAGCCUCCACGAUGUUGCUCUCCGAUUUCGCCUGCUUAGGCAGCAUGGACUGUGGGUUUCUCCAGAUGAAUUUGACAAGUUCAAAGAGGCAGAUGGGACCUUCAACGAUGAGAUAAUGAGUGACCCUCGGGGUUUGCUGAGCUUGUAUAAUGCAUCUUACCUUCUCAUUCCUGGAGAGGUCGAGCUAGAAAGCGCUAUGUUGUUUUCAAGGCAUCGCCUUCAGGCAAUGGUAAAUGACCUUGCGUCCCCAUUAGCUGAACAAGUCAGGCGGUUCCUUCAGAUACCACUGCCAAGGACAUUGAAGAGAUAUGAGGCACUGCAAUAUAUUGCAGAGUACAAAAUGGAGCAGGAAUGCAAUCCCUCCAUAUUAGAGCUUGCAAAGUUGGAUUAUAACCUUUUGCAGCUGGCUCACCAGACAGAGCUCAAGGCAUUUUCUUGGUGGGGCAAUGGUUUAUAUGAAGAAGUGGGACUAAGCUACGCCCGAGAUCGUAUAGUUGAAUUCUACCUUUGGUCCUUUAUAGUGUACUAUGAGCAAAACUAUGCGCCAGCACGAAUAAUUCUUGCCAAAUUGGUGCUUCUAGCAUCCUUGUUAGAUGACACUUACGAUACAUAUGCUACAUUGGAAGACAGUCAAAAGCUCAAUGUAGCCAUACAAAGGUGGGACAUGGGUGCGAUUCCACUUUUGCCAGAUUACUUGAAGAAGUAUUAUGCCAGGGUGAUGGAUACCUUCAAAGAGAUUGAGGAUGAACUGAAACAAGAUGACAAGUAUCGAAUGACUUAUUGUAGGAAAGGGUUCCAAACAUUAAGUAGCUAUUAUCUCCAAGAAGCUGAAUGGUUUCAUCGCAAUUACAUGCCAAGAUUUCAAGAACAAGUCAAUGUGUCAGUCAUCACCUCUGGUAGUACAAUGCUAAGUGUCGGUUUACUUGUUGGUAUGGAUGUUGAAGCAAACAAUGAAGCAUUUGAGUGGGCAAUUGGUUGUACUGAUGUUGUGAUGGCCUGCGGCAAGGUGACACGUUUCAUGGAUGACUUGGCUGCAUUUAAGCGUGGAAAGAACAAAAUGGAUGUGCCAAGCUCUCUGGAAUGCUACAUUAAUGAGCACCAUGUUACAAGUGAGGUGGCUAUCACCGUGCUCGAUGGUCUGGUUGAAGAUGCAUGGAAAACUAUCAACCGUGAACGCUUUGUUUGUACUACGCUGCUUCCAAUUGUAAACCGUGUCAUCAACCUUACUACAAGCAUGUCAGUCUUGUUCCAUGACGGGGGAGACGGUUACACAUACAACAAGGACAGUGAAGGGAUGAUCGAGAAGUUGUUCGCCAAGCCUAUCCCGCUUUAA